GCCGGAUAAAUUGACUGUUCUUUCUAUUACAGUGAAUUGCUUAUGAUGUGAAUACAACCUUUGCAGAAUUUAAACAAUACAAAGCGCCUUUCCAAUAUUCACCUCGGAUUUAGAUGUUAUGCAAUCCACAGAAAAGAGACCAACAAAAAAAGUUGUUGUUGGUAGAAAACAUGGCUGAUACUAACUCUAUCGCAAAAUUGAGUUUUUCUAUUCUUGAGUUGAGUUGAGCUUAAAAACCCUACAGGUGUUUUCCAAAUUAUUGUUUUGCUUAAUUCACAAUUAUGUUUCUACAAUGAACGUACAUGCUUCUUUCCCUUUUUCCUCGAAAUAUUCACUUCACACAACGUGCAACUUUGAAUUCAGUUGCCCUGAGUUUUCGCAUGAAAAGACUGUCUCUUGCGCUUACGAUUUGUUUCGUAAGCGCUCAACAUCGGGAAACAUUCCAAAUAUUCCACAAUCAUUUUAUUGCAAGACAAAAGUCAACGAAGCAGUAACACCAAAAGACCAAUGAGCGCGCGGUAUCGCUCAGUAAUUGACAUAUUCAAUCCAGCUAAUUUGAAUGGGCUUUUUCAGGCCAUAAAUAAGUAUAUUUCUCUGGGGACUCCAGAUAAUUAUUUUGGCAUACACUUUGAAGGUGGACAAGGCUUGUGAACGUCUUCGCAAAUUUCAUGGCGCAACUUGGCUAAGCUUUGGAAACUGAAAAGCAUGGCUUGUAAGAUCACCCUUCUGGUGUGCUUUAUUUUCUUCUGCCAAAUCAGCUGUGUUACAGCCGCUUCAGAAUGCACUGGUGCUAUACUUGCUUCAGUGUUUGGCACGAUUGGCACGAUACUCGUUAUCGCUGCGAUUGCCGCAUUAGUGUGGUACUGCUGCCGUAAAAAGUCAGGGACGUUGUCGUCAGGGUCCUCUGUCGACACUGGUAGCGAGCCGGACAUUUCUCUCGGUACAAAGACCAAAGGUGGAGAUAUUGGUUUGAACGGCCAUGGAACGCCAGUUACUUUUUCACAUCGCUACAGCGAAGAAGCCCCAUCGGCUGCCUACAACACGAGAGGAGUUGUCAACCCAGCAUUUGGUGGAAGUCACGAGGUUCUCAUUGACAUGCCACCUCACCACGAAGGAGAAUUCAAAAUUGACAUGGAUGGCAGUCCAUCUAUAAAGCCCCUAAGUCAUAAGGGAGACGUCAAAGUCGAUAUGAGUGGGCAUCCAGGCAUAAAACCUCCCUCUCGUAAGGGGGAUGUAAAGAUUGACAUGGAUUGGGAUCCUUCCCUUGACAAGAAUCUCACAGGUGGGAAUCGCCCGGACCUGAACCUUCCUGAAGGAACGCAUCCAGGCGUUGAUCUCCCGGAAAAUGAACUAUCAGCAAGUGGUUUGUCAGGUGGAAGCCCUCCAGGUGCAGAUGCUAAUGUCGUCAUCAAGAGUCCAGCCAAGCCUACGUUUAACGUGGAUGGACCGAAGAAUUUGGAAACCAUUGAUGUCGAUCUUGACCGCCCUGAGCAUGGAGGUUUCGGUCUGUUGAUAGCGAGGGAUAAGAAUUUGCCAUCUCCUGCCUUGUUUGUUAAUGAAGUCACGCCAGGUGGUAUUGCAGCUAAAACAGGUCUCAUGGACAAAGGAGACAAGAUCAUCGGAAUUAAUGGUGUCCCUAUUGAAGGCAUGCCCUAUGAUAGAGCUAUGAGCCUCCUUCGAGAUGAUGAGAAACCAAAGCUACAACUCACGCUGUUGAAAAAUGCCUUAUACAAAGGAAAGGAUGCAUCCUUGGAUCUACCUAAAGGACCUGUAGAGGAAUCCUGCAAAAUUGACAUGGAGCCGACGUUACAAGCAGGGGUUCCAUCUGUCGAAAUUGAGGGACUGCAAGGUGAUGCUCCUGAUCUAGAAGAAGUAGACGUUUCUGCAGAGAAACCAGGAUUCGACGUGAGUGGACCGCAAGUGGAUAAGCCUGAAGUAAACCUAAAAACGCAAGUACCUGGACCAAAUGUGUAUUCAAACAUUGAUCUUAAUGAUCCGUCUUCUGACUUGAAUCUGCCUUCACCUAAAACAAAACGUGGCAAAUGUUUCUCUUGCGUGUCCAGUGACGACAAAGACGAGCCUUACCGCAAAGGAAAGGCGAAUGCUGGAUUAGAUUUGGACAAGCCAAAUUUGGAUGGGUCUAUUGAUAUUAAAGCAGACGGGAAAAUUGGCGCGGGGUCAGAUCCUGAUGGAAAAGGAUUAGGACUUCAUGCAAUGGGACCUAACUUUUCCGUUCCGUCUACGAAUGCGAGUGGAAAUUUGUCUGGACCAUCGGUUGAAGAAGAGGACUUCGAAAUAAAUCCAAAGGUACAGCUACACUCAGAUAGCCCAGGCAUCACAACACCAGAAGGCAACUUCAGAACGCCAAUGUCCAGGCCUGAUGUUGAUGUUUCUGCUUUUCAAGUGGAAGGUCCAGAGAGAAAAGCCGGUAUUCCAUCUUCAGAGUUAGAUUUGCCAAUCAAAAAGAAAAAGCGAAGAAACUGCUUUUCUUGUGCUGUUGGCACCGACAAAGAAGAACCGUACAAAAAAAGAAAAGGGAACGUUGCUAUUGAUUUUAAUAGACCUGAUGUUGAUGGAUCAGUGGAAAUGAGAACUGGUGAUAGCUUCGAUGUAAAUGGCACUCACAAUAAUCUUGGAGGAGACACGGCAAAUUUUCAACCAAAGGAACUAGGACUUCACGCAUCUGCACCUGACGUAGAUAUUCCAAAGAGUGAUCAACAGGGAAAUAUUGAGAUCUCUGGUCCAAACGUCUCUUUGCCAUCCCCACAUGUGUCUUCGAAAGUUCCUGAGCGAUCGUUGAAUGGAGAUCAAAGUGUCAAUGCCCCACAUAUCGACACAAGAGGAGAGAAAAUGAAGCCCGAGAUUUCAGGACUUGAUGUCGACGUUCCUGCUGGUAAACUUCAAGACCGACGAGCACAAUUUGACGUCCCAUCUGCCGAGUUAGAUGUUCCUUCUACAAAGAAAAAGCGUAGCAGUUGCUUUACGUGCGCAGGCGAUGGUGACAAAGAUGAUUCUUACAGGAAAACUAAGGGAAAUGUUGGAUAUGAUUUAAGUGGACCCGACGGAUCACUGGAAAUGAAGAAAGUUGACAAGUUCGACUUAAGUCGAUCCGGUCCUUAUUUUGAGGAAAGUGGAAUGAACAAGGAGUUUGGACUCCGUGCCGCUGGACCAGACUUUGAACUGAGCGGGGAAAAUAGAACAAUCUCACCAGGAACGUCAGGCAUCGCAGUGAAUACAAGAGGUCCGGAAAUCAAUGCCCCAGAUGUCUCUAACGAAGACGUGGAUUUUGAUGUCAGUGGACCAGAUGUUAGACCAAAAGCUAAACUAAGCACACGAAUAUCAGGACCUGAAGUUGAUGUUUCAACGAGGAAAAUGAGAGAUCCAAAGGAAAGGCCGGACGUUCCGUCUGCCGAUUUAAAUUUUUCUUCCUCAAAGAAAAAGCGUGGAAACUGUUUGUCGUGCACAGGUGGUGCUGACAAAGAUGAGCCGUAUGGAAAGACAAAGGGAGAUGCUCAGUUUGGUUUGAACGUACCGGAGGUCCAGAGAUCCACAGACCGAUCUGGCCUAAAUAUUGACACUGAGAAGCCAAGCGUGGGAUUCGACGCCAAUGCACCAGAAUUCAAUUUGGAACUGGAAAAACGUGCCAUAAGCAAUCUUGAUGCUGCCAGUGAUGGAAGAGCUACUGGUCCCGAUUUUGAUAUACAUACUCCAGAUACUGAUGUAUCAGCACAACAACCAAGGCCUGGAUUAAAGUCGCCUGAAUUUGACGUCCCAAAAGCUAGAGGUGAGAGAACAAUAGAUGUUGAUGGACCAGCCUUUUCUUACGACAAACCAAACAUUUCCGAGCCAUCUCUUGGCAAAACAAACGAAGGCUUUGACAUCCCAUCGUCAAAUCGUGGCAUAAAUAGUCCAGAUCUUGACGCAUCAGUCAAUACUCCAGAUAUUGGAGUCAAGUCGCCGGAAUUUGGUGUUCCAAAACUCGGAGCUUCAGGAGAAAUAGAUGCCAGACCAAACGUUAAUGCCUCAGACUUCAACAAGGCAAAAGACAAACUACAAACAGAAAUCUCUAAACCUAAUGUGGACGUACAAAGCGGAAAUUUCAGGGGGCCAGAGGCAAAUCUCCAAGGUUCAUCAGUUGACUUACCUCCUAUAUCCAAGAGGAAACUUCGUGGCAACUGUCUAUCGUGCACAGGUGGAGUCGAUAAAGACGAACCAUACAGAAGAGCAAAAGGAAACACCCAGUUCGAUGUUGGCGGGCAAAACCUUGAUGAAUCUGUAGAGAUGAAAAAGUCAGGCAUAGGCGAACCUACGGUUGACAUCGAUGGAAGAGCUACUGGUCCCGAUUUUGAUAUACAUACUCCAGAUAUUGAUGUAUCAGCACAACAACCAAGGCCUGGAUUAAAAUCGCCUGAAUUUGACGUCUCGAAAGCUAGAGGUGCGAGUGCAAUAGAUGUUGAUGGACCAGCCUUUUCUUACGACAAACCAAACAUUUCCGAGCCAUCUCUUGGCAAAACAAACGAAGGCUUUGACAUCCCAUCGUCAAAUCGUGGCAUAAAUACUCCAGAUAUUGACACGUCAGUCAGUACUCCAGAUACUGGAGUCAAGUCGCCGGAAUUUGGUGUUCCAAAACUCGGAGCUUCAGGAGGAAUAGAUGCCAGACCAAACGUUAAUGCCCCAGACUUCAACAAGACAAAAGGCAAACUACAAACAGAAAUCUCUAGACCUAAUGUGGACGUCCCAAGCGGAAAUUUCAGGGGCCCAGACGCAAAUCUCCAAGGUCCAUCAGUUGACUUGCCUCCUGCAUCCAAGGGGAAACUUCGUGGCAACUGUCUGUCGUGCACAGGUGGCGCCGAUAAAGACGAACCAUACAGACGAGCAACGGGAAACACCCAGUUCGAUUUUGACGGGCCAGACCUCGAUAGAUCUGUAGAAAUGAAAGGCAUAGGCGAGCCUAAAGUUGACAUCGAUGGAGGAGCUACCGGUCAGAAGUUUGACAUAAGUACCCCAGAUGUUGAUAUAUCAUCCAAAAAAGCAGAGAUCGGUUUGAUAUCUUCUGGAGUUGACGCUCCAAAAGGCGGAGGUUCAGGAGAAAUAGACAUAGCUGGUCCAGACCUCUCAUUUGCGAAACCUAAGGUAUCGGGACCCUCUCUUGACAAAACAGAAGAAUAUGGGGACAUCCGGAAGCCAGAUUUAGGCACAAACAUUCCAGAUAUUGAAACAUCCAACAAGCCGAAGAUUGGAUUCAAUCCACCUGGGUUGGACGUCCCAAAUACCAAAGGCGCAAGACAAAUAGACCUAAAUGGAGCAGACUUUUCCUAUGAAAAGCCGAACAUAUCUGGACCCUCGAUCGGCCAAAGAGGUCAAGAAAACGAUACUCCAAGACUAGAUAUAGACAUUGACACACCACAGGGUCCAGGAGACUUCGAUCUUUCUAAACCAGAUAUCUCUGUACCAUCAAAAAAUGGUGAUAUUACUUUCAUCUCAGCCUCUCACGAAGAUUUAGACCUCGAGGCUAGCUUGCCUGAUAUAGAGGUUUCUAACAACAAAAACGGAUUCGGACUUGAUACAAACGGACUCGACACAGUUAUCCCCGGAGUUGAAAAUAACUUGGAAGUUGUUGAACCAAGUGUGUCCACCCUUCAUGCUGAUACUUCUGCGUGCAAACCAAAUAUUGGACUGGACACGAAUGGAUUAGGCGUAGACCACACAAGUGAUGUUAAUUUUGAUUUUAAUCGCCCCGAUUUAGACGUUACAUCAAAACAAAGAUACGGAGUGGACAUGGCGGGAUUAGACACCCCUGAUUCGGAUUACAGCUUUCCACCAAUAGGUGACAAAAAAGAGCCAUGUGAACCUCUGGAAAUUAAAGAAGACAGAGGAAAAGACUUCGAUGCUAAGUUCAACUGGGGUAUGAAUACUUCAACACCUAAGGCGCCUGAGGCCACCAAGCAACUCGUAGGACUCCCUCGUGGUGAAAUAAACUUAGAGUCUAGUCCAGUGGAAGAUGACAUAUCAGUGGUGAACACUUCUGACAUCUUGGACCUCCAUAGCACUCCACAGCCGGUUCAAUCGGCGGCUUUCGAUGAGCCACAUAGUCUUCAGCGUUAUGAUGAGAUACGACCUGAAAUGGAACUAAGGCUUUUACCACCGACAGAAAUGGACAAAUCUGAUCAAAGCUUCGAAUUUGACAUUCCAGAUACUAGCGACGACAAGGCAAAGAACAGUUGGAAACCGGGUUCUAUGAAGCUUGUAAAGGUGGAAGAAAAUGUCACCGUUUGCUCAGCAUCAAUUGAAGAAAAUGAAUCGCAUUCCCCAAGAAACAGGACACUGACACUGGACCGUGAAAUUAGGCAGAAAAUUGAAGUUGUAUUUCCGGAAGAAGAGAAACAAAAACGUUCAUCUAGUUCAUCUUCAUCUUCUUCAUCUGAUUCUGAUGGCCAAAAAGAAGAGAAGUCAAAGCGAAAAAAGAAGUCUGGACUAUUUAAGGCAUUCCGAAAGAGUUCCAGUAGCUCGGAGUCUUCCAAGGAAGGCCGCACAUCAUUAACGCAAAAAGAAAAAGAACCAAAACCGUCCGCAAGUUCUUCGUCGUCGGAUGAUGAGGAGGGGGAAAGAAAGAAAAGUCCAGUAAAAAGUGAUGUCACUCCAUCUUCCAGGGAAGGCCACGCUCCAAUAAAGCAAAACAAUCGAGAAUCAAAACAAUCGACGAGUUCUUCUUCAUCGGAUGACGAAGACGUGGGAAGAAAGAAACGUUCAUCAAAAGCUGAUGUCCAUCUAGUAAAGACCACAGAAGAGAAAAAAACAAGAACAACUUCGACAUCCUCGUCGUCAGAUGAAGCACCAUCCUUCCUUCAUGGGAAAGGCUUACCAAAGCGAAAGAGUUCAAAGAGUUCAUCUUCUUCUGAUAAAGAAAACCACAAUGAGGAGAAACAAUUGUUGUUAGCACAAACAACAUUUGAAAAGAAAGAGCUGGAGAAACCAGUAACAAGCAUUACGAAUGUUCAACAAGACACGCCUUCGGUAGUUUCUCGUUCUGUGAAGCCUGUAUCAGAUUUGCAUUUCGUAGUAGACAAACCAGACGGUGACAUAAAGCCAAGAGAGCGAAAAAGUUCAACAAGCUCUUCGUCAGAUGAAGAAUCAAAAUCAUCCAUGGUUUACAAAGUGGAGUACAGUAUGUAUCAGCAGCAGUAUGUUGUAGAACCUGAGAGUGAACCCGAUAAACCAGUACUAAGUAUUUCAGAUAUGCAAGAGGACGCCCCGGAAGUGGUGUUGAAUUCAGUUAAGCCCGCAGAUCCCGAUUUCUUUGUUAUGACAGACAUGGAAACGAAACCAAAGGAGCGAAAAACUUCGUCAAGUUCGUCAUCGUCCUCGAAUGCUGAAGACGUCCCUAUGGCAGAUUCGAAUUCAGUAAAACCUAUAAGCCCAGAUUUGCCUUUCUUAGUUGAGAAACCAGACGAUGAGAUAAAAUGGAAAGAACGGAAAAGUUCGUCAAGCUCUUCGUCAGAUGAAGAAUCAAAAUCACCCGUGUCUUAUGAAGUGCAAGACAGAAUGCUUCAGCAACAGUCUAUUUUAGAGCCUGAAAGCGGACACGAAAAGCCAGUGCUUAGUGUUGCAGACAUACAAGAAGGCGCUCCGGAAGAUGUGUUGGAUUCUGCUGAACCUGAAGAUCCCGAGUUCAUUUUUACACUAGAUGCACAAACCAAACCAAACGGGCACACAGGUUCCACAAGUUCCUCGUCGUCCUCGGAUUCAGUAAAGCCUGCAGAUCAAGAUUUGUCUCUGUCAGUAGAAAAACCAGACUAUGAGAUAAAACCAAAAGAAUGGAAAGGUUCGAUGACUUCUCCAUCAGAUGGAGAAUCUAGAUCACCCGUGGUUUACAAAGUUGAAUACAGAACAUAUCAGCAACAAUACCCCACAGAGCCUGAAGGUGAAAGUGAUCAGCAAGUCCCAAGUGUAGAAGAGAUUCAAGAAGACUCUCCGGACGUGAAGUCGCAUUCAGUCAACCCCACAUAUCCAGAUUUCAUUUUUAUGCCAGGCUCUCAAACAAAUCUAAAGGAACGCAAAAGUUCAGCAAGUUCCUCGUCUUCCUCGGAUUCAGAGCCCCCCAUUGAUAGCAAGGACCCUCAAACAACUAAUGUCCGAGACCCAAAGGCAAUGGUCGACACUUCACUUCCUCAAAAGUAUUCUGUAACCUACAAUAUUAAGAAGACCGAUUGUCCAGAAAAAACAGAAAAACAAUUACCUCCAGAAAGAAAGAGCUCAACGGGGUCACCUUCAGAAGAAAUAGACGACUCCUCCCACUCAUUAGACCUUACAGUUUACAGGUAUGAAACGGUCCAUCACGUGAUAGCUCCCGAUUACCCACCCACGGAGCAAGAAAUGAAGUCCUCCGACGUGCAAGAACAUUCGUUUGUGGUUGUGUCUCGCUCCUUUAAAAGACCUUCUCCGGACAUCUGGAGUACCACUAGAGAAAACCAAGAUGACCCACAAUUCUUCUUAAGUUCCACUGAUGUCCAGUUUAGCGAACCAGCGACCGACUUGACUUACCAUCUUGAAUACCCUUUCAAUCAUCCUGAGGUCGAUGAAGACAAGAGUGCACACAUACAAGAAGAAGGAAUUGUCCCUGUAUUUAAAUCGCCAUCGGCAGACCAUGACAUGUCUGACGUCUCGGCCCAACUAGAAUCACCAGAUGAAGACGGAACAGUUGACCAAAACAGCCACUUUACUUGGAACAUACAUGCGCACACGUUUGAGACUGUCUACCAAGCGACUAUUCCAGAAAGGACUUCCACGGAUGAAAACGGCCUGGAAAUACAAGAGCUGGCACCCACUGUUGUAACGCGGUCUGUUAAAAGGACAUCUCCUGUUAUAACAAGUGAAUACGACAACCUGGAAGAGGAACCUCAAUUUUCCACUAGCUCCACGGAGGUUCAGUUUAGUGAGCCUAGUAAUAACUUUGAAAUCGAGUAUCCGAAAAAUGGCAAGGUUUUGACAACUGAUGAACCGGAUGUUACCUUGACAGAUGAAGAAUGGAUCAUGAAACACACAGUAGAAAAGGAAACACCUGAUAUUUCAACUCUGCUUGCUGGAUUUGAUCAUCCCAACGAGGAGGCUCAGCAAAGCAGCGAUUCAAGAGAUAAAGCAGACGACGAGGAGAUAUCACCUCGUGAGAAAAGCCCCAAGGACAUAGUGCGGCGAGGCUCCAGCUCACGUCUCUGGGACUUGAUGCAAGGAUAUUUAAUCGAACAACCUAUCGUGAACGACGGUGGAGCAAAUACUGAACUUGAACCUGAAAAGAGUGUACAGAAGGAAGAACCCAAGCUAGAGAUAACAGAGUCGGUAUCCACUGUGGAAAACAGUGUGCCUCUGUUAAACCAACAGACUGAAACAGUUCAUCCAGUAACCCAACAUGCGUCGAGCGUAGUGACUUACAAAAUUCUCCUUGAUGAUAACGAACCUUCGAAAGAGGUGACCACGUCGAUAACGAAAGUGGAACGCAGUGUUUCGGAAGUCACACCAACAGUUUCCAAAUUUGAACCCGUUAAUUUCCAGGUAAAUGUUGGCGACAAAACGCCUGUUGUGAAAGAGCACACUACCUCCCACUGGAGAAAACAAAUUUCAGUUCCUGUUGAUGUCGAUGAUGAUGAAGAUCCCUGGAUGAGACAUUAUUCCAAAGGAUUGCAACGAGCCACUUCAUACCAGGUCGUGUCUACAAAAUCUCCAGCAAGUGAAGCACCACUCGCUCAAAGUCGCAGCUUAAGCCUGUCUAAAGUUCCCCAUGUCAAAGGUGUUAAGACUUCAACCGAAAAAGAGCGCCAAAGAACAAGAUAUUCCAUCGAGAGCCGAACUCGUACAGAACCAACGGUGUACCGUGUGACUACAGAACGGAGACCUUUGUUACGAGAAUUAGAAGCAGUUCCACGAGUGAGAACGAAUGAGAAUGUGUUCUCUGUCAAAGACGGCAAAACCCAGUCUCCCAGGACCCAAACUGGGACAACAAAAGAAGAAUCGCCAAGGGGAACAUCUGGCAGUGGUCAAUCCGUACAAAAUUUACGUUCGUUCUGGGAUAAGUGAACUGAGAAAGAUGCCAAGAAUUGCGCAGAUAACAGGAACAAGUACAGGUACUAGCAUAACGAAACUCCUCGUAAGGUUAGGAGUUAAGACACUGGAAGACGUUUUCAGUGGGUUCACGAAGAACUACAACAAUCACCGAUAUACAUCAUCAUAUAUGUAGGUUUUAUGGGCAACCUAUCGUUGCCCCGUACCCACCACGUAAACAGGUUCGUUUAAACGACAAAAAUGGAAAUCAGUUCCAAAAGUCGGACGUAAAACAACCUCUCACUUGUGUUUUCAUGAUGGAAACUAAUGAACAAUUUUUACACGUAGGUCAAUUAAAUAUUGUUUAAACAUGUUUACGCUUUGGUUAACGAGAUAAUAUUAGGUUAACUAAGUAAUUAAUUAGCUAGUUAUCAGCUACUUUGCAAAGGCUGGACAAAUUUAAGCGUUGACCAAGCUCAUUGCAAAUACAGUCUACAGAAAGCUUUUGAUAAAUUUUACGUUUCACUAAUUUUAUGAGCAACAAGUAUUAGAUGCAUUAUGCAUGACUAAACUUAGCAACAAUAAAUGUUUUAUCGUGGUCCAAGGGAAAAUAGUGUUUUAAAAAAUUUUAUGUCUUCAAUUUUUACGAUCACUUUAAUGAAAGAAGGCAAAUUUUAUAACAAGCAGUAUCAAUGAUAUAAAUGCAGCACAAAAAUUUUCUUUCCUCUGAUUGGCUUCUCUAGUUGCUUAAUUGUACCUGUGGCAAAUAUUUUUGCGAUUGUUUUUUGUUGUUAUCACAAAACCAUUAUAUGCUCUUCAAAUUAACAGAAUCUCAACUAUUACCAACGCUUUACUUGUUUAAAUCAUUUUGUAUAUAUUUUUAAAAGAUCAAAACUCAUUACUGGGCCACGCCCAAGUGGUGUGUUUUGAGGACAGAUUUUCACUUGUGAAUAACGAAAAUAGAAAUAUAAAGUCCUCGCAAAUUUGAAUGUGUUAGGGUUAACAAAUAAUCAAAAACAAAACUACCCUCGGAUCUCCUUGUUGAGCAAACUAAGAAAGACUUCACGGGAAACAGCUUUAUAUGUGACCACAAGUCCCCUAGUGAUUAUAGUAGUAAAGGGGAGACAAACACGUUGGUUGGGUGUGGUCUCUCUGAGAAGAAAAUCGGCCGAACUAAUGACUUGUCCGGAAGACGUGGCUCAGCUGACCAUUUUAAUUUUGUAUAUAUUUUAAGAUUUGUUUGAAAAUCACAAGUGCAACAAAAGAAUUUCACCGGUUGUGUUCAAAAACGACAUUUUAUGCUCAUUAUAUUAUUAAUUCUUAAGCAAUUAAUUGCUAUUAAAAGUACAAUUUUACUAAACAAUAGUUAGGGAACACUUAGCCAAAGAUAAACAACAUUAUUUAACGACAACUUUUCACCAAAGCUGUAAAAUAUCGACUAUGAACUUGUUAUCGUUUUCUCUGCCUGUGGUUGUACAAUUGCAACCUUUCUAAAUCUUCAAGGAAGGCUUUAAAUAUGUUUCCUUCACGGCAAGUACCUCAAGAAACACUGUCAUCCGUUUUCAACCACAAGCUCAAAUAAGAAUCCACACUGUAUGUCACAGGACACGCAAUAAUGAACAGUGCUAAAGAAAUAAGUGUCAGAGGGUCUAAAGACCUAAAAUCUGUCAAUAGCAUUUUUAACCUUGAACUAUCCAUCUCCUUAACGGUUGAAAAGAGUUAGAAAUUGAUGUUGUAGAUUAAGCCAACACAAGAGAUUUUAUUCGUUACUGUAUAGAAAGGUGUCCUUUAACAAUCACAGUUUUGAGCUUAUACAAGAUGACAGUUUUUCCUUUGCUAUGGUUGCUCUUGUCAAAUCUAUACAUUUAGUUUUAUACGAUUUAUUUCCAAUUAUAAGUGGAACUUAGAGACAUUUUCACAAAAAGGAAACAUAUGGUUAGUGUUGUAAAGAUUAUAAAUUCAAUUCUGUUUAGCAUGUACAUUAUCAAUAAAUUAAUAAAAAAAACUUUUGUACUUCCUUUCUCUCCAGUUAGUGAGUGUAAAAGAAGUAUUUCCCGUCCAAUGCAGUGCAAUCCCAAUCCACCGUAGGAAAAAAGAUGGCGAUUGGUACAUUUACCCAUAAUACUUAGCGCACGGAAACUUAAACAACGCUCAUAAAAACGUAAAGGAACGUUCUAAAACCUUCAAACCCAGCGUACACAACAUCGAUAACACAUGGACAUAUACUGCAAAAUAUAGCUUUUGUGUACUUUACGGACUGUAUUAGGCUCGUAUGGUAUUGUGGUAAAAUGUACAGCUGCCGUCUUUUUUCCUAGGGAGGAUUGUUUCAACCAAUUUUCAUUUCCCUUGGACAUUUGGAAAAUAGGGGUUUUGCCUUCAUUCAAUGUGAAAUAUUCCCAGGAUUGCCCACUUCGGAAGUCAGGGGAGUUUAUUCCCUGCAAUGAUUUCCCAAGACGGGAUAAUAAUGCAUGUCAGCUGUAAUACCAAUGAAGGUUUGUGUUGUCCAAUAUGUCGGCCAAUUUAGAGGAUUAGGAGAAUAAAAUGAGAAAUCACA